AUGGCGUCUUCAUCACACUAUAGGUCUGAUGAUUCUGAUGACUUUGAAGAUGAUGAUUUUGAAGAUGCACUUGAUGAAUCUUUUAAUGCAAUAUUUGAGCAAAAAUUCGAAGAAGCAUAUGAAGAGAUCAUCGAACGUCUUGCAACCGCCAAGAAGAAAAAAAAGAAAAAGGCAUACAUUGAACGAGAACGGGAACAAGGUCAAAUCCGGUUAUGGAAUGACUACUUCUCGGAAGAUGCAAUCUAUCCCCCACACAUAUUUCGACGCCGUUUUCGCAUGAACAAGACUUUAUUCAUGCGGAUUGUGGAUAGGCUAUCUGAAGAGGUUCCAUAUUUCCAACAAAGACGGAACGCUACCGGUCGAUUAGGGCUGACAGCACUACAAAAAUGUACAGCCGCAAUUCGGAUGAUGGCGUACGGCUGUGCAGCAGACGCGGCGGACGAAUACUUGCGUAUAGGUGAAUCUACCGCAAUUUUAUGCUUGGAAAAUUUCACUUCAAGCAUAAUAGAAUUGUUUGGAGAUCAAUACCUUAGACGUCCCACACCAGAAGAUCUCCAACACCUGCUCGAUGUUGGAGAGUCACGUGGCUUUCCCGGCAUGAUUGGAAGCAUCAACUGUAUGCACUGGGAAUGGAAGAAUUGUCCAAUCGCUUGGAAAGGUCAAUACACCCGGGGUGCAGGAAAACCGACAAUCGUUUUAGAAGCUGUCGCAUCAUACGAUCUUUGGAUAUGGCACGCAUUCUUUGGGCCUCCAGGUACAUUAAAUGAUAUAAACGUUCUUGACCGUUCACCUGUUUUUGACGACAUAUUACAAGGUCGGGCUCCGAAAGUUAGGUAUUCUGUGAAUGGUCACAACUAUAAGUUGCCUUACUAUCUAACUGACGGUAUCUAUCCAAUAUGGGUAACGUUUAUCCAAUCUAUUAACCUUCCGCAAAGUGAAAAAGAACAAAAAUUUGCCAAAGUUCAAGAAUCUAUCCGUAAAGAUGUCGAGCGUGCUUUCGGGGUUCUUCAAGCUCGGUUUGCUAUCAUUAAAAAUCCGGCACUCAUCUGGGACAAGGAAAAGAUUGGAAAGAUUAUGAGGGCAUCAAUCAUAUUGCACAAUAUGAUUGUAGAAAACGAACGAGGUAACCGCAGUUUGUACGAUAUAUCUGGAUUCCAACAACCAGACGGAAGCAGAUCAUCACAUGUUGAUAUGGAGUAUUCAAGAGAUAUGUCUACAAACAUCAACAAUAUGAUCGGCAUUCGUAAUGAAGUUCGUGAUCAGCAAAUACAUAAACGUUUAAAAGAUGAUUUAGUGGAGCACAUUUGGAACACAAUUCCCGCCUAA